UCACCCUGGAUGAGAUGAGCUGACACACUCCAGGUUCUCCUCUGCUGCAUCGGAUCUGGGUGUGGACGAUUCCUCCAAGGAUUCACUGACUAUAAAAGGUUGCAUAGARAGAAACUGAGAAACAAAAAAUAUCAUUACCAUGGAUCUAAAAGACUAUUACCUGUUGGGUGCUCUGCUUGCCUGCAUAUGGCUCGAUCCGUCRAUAGCCCAAGAGCUAAUCUACCCCAUCAGGGAGGAGUUUCAAGAAAAUGUUCUUAUUGGAAACAUACCAAGAGACCUAAACAUCUCGCAUGUUAAUGCUGCCACUGGUGCAAGUGCUAAUCUAGUGUACCGGCUCGUCUCCAAAGCAGGAGAUAACCCACUAGUCCGUGUUCUGGCCAGCACCGGGGAGAUUUUCACCACAUCAAACCGAAUCGACAGGGAGAAGUUGUGCCCCGGCCCCUCGUUCGAGGACAGCGAAUGCUCCUUUGAAAUCGAGGUGGUCAUCCUGCCUAACGAUAACUUCCGGCUGAUCAAGAUUAAAAUAAUCGUCAAAGACACCAACGACAAUGCCCCCAUGUUCCCGUCUCCCGUGAUCAACAUCUCCAUCCCRGAGAACACGCUCAUCAACAGCCGCUUCGCCAUCCCCUCGGCCACCGACCCGGACACCGGCCCCAACAGCGUCCACAAAUACGAGCUGAUCAACGGGCAGAGCGCCUUCGGCUUGGACAUCGUGGAGACGCCCGAGGGGGAGAAGUGGCCCCAGCUCAUCGUGCAGCAGAACCUGGACAGGGAACAGAAGGACACGUACGUGAUGAAGAUCAAAGUGGAGGACGGGGGCGUGCCGCAGAAAUCCAGCACUGCCAUUCUCCAGGUCACCGUGACGGAUGUAAACGACAACAAACCGGUGUUUAAAGAGAGCCAGAUAGAGGUGCACAUUCCUGAAAACUCCCCCAUCGGCACAUCUGUGAUGCARCUCCAAGCCACAGAUGCAGACAUAGGAGCAAAUGCAGACAUUCAUUAUGUAUUCGGGGCUCAGGUGUCCCCUGCUACAAAAAGACUCUUUGCAUUAAACACAACAUCUGGCCUAAUUACAGUACAGAGACCUCUGGACAGGGAGGAGACUGCUAUUCACAAGCUCUCUGUUUUAGCCAGUGAUGGCAGCUCGAGUCCAGCCAGAGCUACUGUUACCAUAAAUGUAACUGAUGUAAAUGACAAUCCACCCAAUAUAGACCUGAGAUACAUAAUCAGUCCCAUUAAUGGCACUGUUUUCCUCUCAGAGAAAGAUCCCAUCAAUACAAAGAUUGCUCUCAUCACGGUGUCAGACAAAGACACUGACAUUAAUGGCAAGGUCAUUUGUUUCAUAGAGAAGGAUGUGCCCUUCCAUCUGAAAGCCGUCUACGACAACCAGUACCUGCUGGAGACGUCUGCGCUGCUCGACUAUGAGGGGACGAAGGAAUACAACUUUAAGAUCGUCGCUUCGGAUUCUGGGAAGCCCAGCCUGAAUCAGACGGCCCUGGUGAGAGUCAGGCUGGAGGACGAGAACGACAACUCUCCAAUUUUCACCCAGCCGGUCAUUGAGCUGGCCGUCAUGGAGAACAACAAACGCGACCUGUUCCUCACCACGCUCAGCGCCACGGACGAGGACAGCGGGAAGAACGCGGAAAUCGUGUACCAGCUGGGGCCCAAUGCUUCGUUUUUCGACCUGGACCGUAAAACCGGGGUCCUGACUGCGUCCAGGGUGUUUGACAGGGAGGACCAGGAUCGGUUCCUCUUCACCGUCACAGCCAGAGAUAACGGGACCCCUCCUCUGCAGACGCAGGCGGCUGUUAUUGUGACCGUGCUGGAUGAGAAUGACAACAAUCCCAAGUUCACACACAACCACUUUCAGUUCUUUGUGUCAGAGAAUCUGCCUAAAUACAGCACUGUGGGGGUGAUAACUGUCACAGACUCUGACGCUGGAGAAAACGCUGCUGUCUCUCUUUCCAUCCUGAACGACAAUGAGAACUUCAUACUUGAUCCUUAUUCUGGGGUGAUAAAAUCCAAUGUGUCGUUCGACAGGGAGCAGCAGAGUUCCUACACGUUCGACGUCAGGGCGGUGGAUAGCGGUAGACCGCCUUGUUCCUCUGCUGCAAAGGUGACCAUCAAUGUCAUCGACGUCAACGACAACACACCCAUCGUCAUCUACCCGCCCUCCAACACGUCCUUCAAGCUCGUCCCCCUCUCCUCCAUCCCUGGAUCUGUGGUAGCGGAGGUUUUCGCGGUCGACGGGGACACGGGGAUGAAUGCGGAGCUGAAAUACACGAUUGUGAGCGGUAAUACCAAGGGUUUGUUCAGAAUCGACCCGGUCACUGGAAAUAUCACGCUGGAAGAAAAACCUGCUGUGACAGACAUAGGCUUGCACCGAUUGGUGGUCAAUAUUAGUGACCUGGGGUAUCCCAAGUCCCUCCAUACUCUGGUGCUGGUGUUUCUCUACGUCAACGACACUGUGGGCAACUCAUCGUUAAUCUACGACCUCAUCCGGCGCACCAUGGAGACCCCGAUUGACAGAAACAUUGGCGAAAGCAGUGAAACCUACCAAAGUGGCGACUACCUUACUAUAAUGAUAGCUUUCGUUACCGGCGCCUUGGUGGUGAUUAUCGUCAUCUUCGUGACUGUGCUACUGCGAUGUCGCCACGCCUCCCGGUUCAAAGCGGCACAGAGGAAGAAGCAGGGUGCAGAGUGGAUGUCACCCAAYACGGAGAACAAGCAGAACAAGAAGAAGAAACGCAAGAAAAGGAAGUCCCCCAAAAACUCUCUGCUCAACUUCGUCUCCAUCGAGGGGAACAAGCCCGACGACCCCGCCCACGAGCCGAUCAACGGGACCAUCAGUCUGCCCACCGAGCUGGAGGAGCAAGGGAUUGGACGGUUUGAUUGGAAUGCCACGCCCACUACCACCUUCAAACCCAGCAGCCCAGACCUGGCCCGGCACUACAAGUCCGCCUCGCCGCAGUCGGCCUUCCACCUCAAGGCUGACACGCCCGUCUCRGUCAAGAAGCACCACGUUAUUCAGGAACUCCCGUUGGAUAACACGUUCGUCGGGGGCUGUGACACCCUCUCCAAGAGGUCCUCCACGAGCUCCGACCACUUCAGUGCCUCAGAGAGCAGCUCCCAAGGAGGGUUCAAAACCAAGGGGCCCAUGCACACCAGACAGCAGGGGACAUUAACUCGCGCCCGAACUGAACUGAAUCCUGAAUAUCUGGACCUUCGUCCGCGAGCAGAGCUGAACCCCGAAUAUUGGACCCCUUGCACCCCUUUAUCGCAGCGGCGCGUCACGUUUCACCUGCCGGACGGCUCUCAGGAGAGCUGCAGUGACAGCGGUCUGGGGGACCACGAGCCUGUAGGCAGUGGCUGUCUCCUCACACAACCUCUCCCUCUGGUGCAGGCGCAGGACGACUUCUACGAGCAGGCCUCCCCCGACAAGAGGACCGAAGCCGACGGCAACUCCGAUCCCAACUCUGAUGGGCCCCUGGGACCCCGUGGCCUGGUGGAAGCUACAGAGAUGUGCACACAGGAGUGCCUGGUCCUGGGACACUCGGACAACUGUUGGAUGCCUCCCACKUUAGGAACGUACCAGCAGCCCAAGUCGCCCGUGUCCAGCUUUGGGUCUCAGCGGGAGUGGGGUCCAAAGGACAAACUCCUCAAUGGACACACUCUGUCCAGAACCUGGAAGAACGAGAGCGGACGUUCGGAGCAUUUUGGCGACAGGAAGCAGUUUGGGAGCGGAGAGGGACACUUCGGCGGCAGUGGCAUCGCCGACAUUCCUCUGGUGAGCCUGAAGUCCUGCCAGUCGGCCUCCUGCCCAGACAGCCCCAAGGACCAGCAGCUAUAAGGUCCACCUGUGUGCAGUUAGGACCCCUUCUAUCCAAACAGGUGGUGCAUUUCACCUCAGCUCCUGAUCCAUUGCUUUAUUUCUCGUCUCAUCUCUUUUCCUCCUUAUUUGAUGCUUCUGCAGCGGGGUAGCCACAUGCACUGUGUGGGCCAGAAAAAAGUGCUGACGCUUUUUCUUCUCCACUAAGACUUCUUACUGUUGCUCUACAGGAACACCUCUGUGUGAUUUUUUUUUUCAAUGUUAAAUAACAUUUCCUGUCCGCUUCAUGUGUGAAUUGGACACGUGGAGAAAGGACUUGCAUAAAAAAGAAAAAAAAAUUGACCAAUAUAUUCAAAUAUAUGUGGUGUGAUUGUUAUUGAGUUGUCCGGGACUAUAUUAAUCAACACGAAGAAAAUUUAAUUCCAUUUCAGAAAGUGUUGUUCUGAUAACACUGUUUGUAGACACUUGUUUAUUCCGUCAUUGUCUCUGUGUUUGUAAAUAAGACGUAUUAAUCACAAUCACGUACGUGUAAAAUCCACAGUGAGUAGAACAGUUCGUCGGUGGCUUGUUGUUGGGAUUUCAGCUGGGAAAACAUUUCUGACGCGGCGUGUCGUACAAGAAAGCAUUUACCCAAAUAUCCAAAAGUUUUAGACUCAUUUUGAAAACCAAACUCCGCCCAUAUUUUACUACUUGUUGCCCUGCUUUCAUUAUCGUUUAAUUCAAGUACGCCAAAAUCACAAAAGCARACAUUUCUUUUUUGUUAAAAAAAAGAAAACAAAACAAAAAAAAGCUGUAUCAAGGAUGUCAGUGCUCAAAAGGUGCAUUAUAAAAACGACAGCUCCGAGGCUCUCCUCUAUAAACUGAUUUUGGACGUGUUUAGUACAAUAAAUAGCAAUAUAUUUGUAAAUGGCUAAAUGUUUUAUCUAAGGUUAUUACUGUAUAGAUUUUAUUCAAAUUGUGAUUUAACUGAGUGCAAUUUCUCAGUAGUACUUGCAAUUUCUUGGUAUAUGUAUAUAAAUAUACAUAUAUACUGUAUAUGUAAYGUUUCCACAGACUAUUAUUUUCCAUACAUCAGAAAACCACGAGUUAAGACAACACUUUAAUCACUGUGCCUUCAUGAUCUUAAUUCAAAAACACUCAUUUAAAUGACGUGUUUCCAAAUAAAAUCCUGUCUAACGAUCGAAUGCCUUAUGCAUUGAGUGUCUGCCAGGGUUUCAGACAAAAAAAAGGUUGUGGAUUGUGAGGACAAAAGGCCUGUACAGACUGUCGGUCAGCCGUGAAUCAUCGUCAUUACACUGUCCAAGUAGAUCGGUUUCAAAGCAUGGGAGGAAAACACACACUGGAACAGCAUGCUCAAAGUUCAAGCUAUACAAUGAACUUUAUCAUUUUUGUCCUAUUUUUUAGUUUGUUUUUUAUUUUCCAGAUGGAACGGCGGGAGGAGUUAGAGUUAAGUUGUUCAUAAGAACUGGAUUGGGUUUGUAAAGCACUUUCAUGUUUCUGUCACAAUAUAAAAAAAAAACCUGUUUAGUGGGAUGGAGUGAAAUGCUUAUCGCAGUUUGUUUGUUAGUCGUGAGGGUGUUUGACAUCACAUAAUGAAACAGUUAAUCCUUGUUACUACUCUACAGGUAUAAAGCUACUGCAAUAAAUGUUUUAAAUAUG